UGCAAGACGGGCAGUCAUGCUUGUGUUUUGCUUUGGUUUUUUUGUUAUUGUUUCGGGUUAGUAGAGCAACUGAGCCCGAGGAGGAAAGCACGGUUGUAUAGCUCGUGUUUUAGUUGUUGUCGCAUGGAUUGUGACUCCUGCAUCUGACAGAGUGACAUAUCGUGUAGACUGUUUAUAGAAAAGUGAGGGCGAUAAAGGAUACAUCCAAGAGUGAGGUGCAAAAUAGCCUGCCUUUCUUUCGUGUUACCAUGGAGAAGGCUUGGCCAGUAGAGUUUAGAAACGUGGGCUGCAGUUACUUCCCUCAGAGCAGAGUUGAUUGCCACUACACACUGAGCUCCCAGCACAGCUGGGCCAGCAAUGACUGGAUAGGGCUCUUCAAGGUAGGAUGGUCAUCAGUGAAGGACUACCACACAUUUGUUUGGGCACUGGCCCCGGCUGAUUAUCAAGAAGGCACAGAGGUCAACUGCUGUGUGCACUUCCAGGCCUCCUACCUACCCAAACCCAGCUCCCAAGAGUAUGAGUUUGUAUAUAUCGAUGCCAGGGGAGAAGUGUGCUCCCGCAGCUCAAAAUUCACCUUCUGCGCUCCAAAGCCACUUGAGGAUCUGGUGACCCUAGAGGACGAGCCACAUGGAGAGGAAGGAGGCACAGACAUGUUGUUGGUCGUGCCCAGGGCUGAACUGCUACAGAGUCGACUGCAGGAAUGCCUGCGAGAGCGCGCCGAGCUGCUGCAGGUGCAGGAGGCAGCAAACAGGCAGAGGGAGAAAGAGAAGCUGGAAUACAAGAGGGCGAGGGAGGCCUGGGAGAAACGACACAAAGGGCUAGAAAGUGAUAUCGCCAGGCUGCAGGGAGAGCUGAAGCAGGGUCAAGAGAAGAUCGAGGAGAUGGAGAGAAAGCAGGAGAAAGAGCAGGCUUUGGGAGAAUUGCUUGCCCAGGAAAAAAGCACCUUAUUGGAUGCAUCGGAGGAGAGCAAAGUGCAAAUCAAAGAGCUGGAGGAGGAUGUCAAAACCCUGACUCAGAGAAUUGUAGAAAGGGAGGCAGAGUUAGAAAGGAUGAAGGAAAGAGCAAGGAGGGCUGGAGCUCAGAGAAAAGAAGAGGAGAGUGAAAGAAAGAGCUUGCAGACCAAGCUGGAACAGACAGAGGGUGAACUCCGAAGUCUGUCUAAGGAGUUCCAGGGCCUGAGGAAUUCACUGGCCCAGAGAGACACAAGUGUCCUACAGCUCCAAAGCACCAUCACCACUCUCACACAGAAACUCACCACUGCCCACAGAAAAGAGGCGGAGAAUGAGGCAACACUGAAGGAGAUGCGUAGCCUGCGAGAGCGUCUGAAUGCAAGUGAGCGUGCUUCGGAGGGCUUAAAGAGCGAUCUGAGGGCCAUGGUGGGCCAGAGGGAUCACGGGCAGGCCGAAUUGCAUCAGGCUCGUCUGCAGGCUGCUCAACUUACCCUUCAGCUUGCAGAUUCCAGUCUGGCUCUGAGAGAGGGAAGAGCCCGCUGGGCCCAAGAGAAGCAGAAUCUGCAGCGCACAGCCGAGAAGGACUAUGAGCAUGUGGAGAAACUGAACACAGAAAUGCAGAGGAUGGAGGAGAGGCUGCAGGAGGAGAGGAUGGAGAGAGUGAAGCUGGAGGUGGAGCUUGGGAGGGAAAAGGAUUGCAACCGGGUUCAGCUGUGUGAAACCCGCAGGGAGCUCCAGGAGCUGAAGACCAGCCUGAAGGUCGCCCAGAAAGAGAAGGAGCAGCUACUGGCAGAGAAGCAGGAGCUGAUAGAGUACAUCUGUCAGCUGGAGCAGAAGAUGGGAACAGUGGCCAGUGCCAAGUGGAGCGCUGCCCCGAUUGUCUCUACAGGGCGGCUUGGCAGUGCGUUAUCUGACUCUGAGGACGAGAACCCAGAGGCUCUGCAGCCCCUCCGUCCACCAAGACCUCUGGGACACUACAGCCUGUGUGAGCAGAGUGAACCGGAUUCUUUGCUUCUUGCCACUCCUCCUCCUUCCCCCAGGGAGGUAGAGAGGAGUGCAGUCGUCAUCAACCAACCAGCUCCUCUCUCUUCGCCACACCAGGCCGGCGCUGACACUCUGGCCCACAGCUCUGAUUCAGAAGAGGAAUCCGAUCCACUUCAGUGUGGACAGCACAGCUCUGGAGAGGAAACCGCAUUUCUGCUCCCUGAGCACCCGGACGCUGUUCUCAGUGAUCUGGCGGACACCUCGCUGUGGUAACCAAUGGACGUCCAGUCGCAGCCGCAGCGCGUGAUCAGAAAGGAGAAGAGAAGGGGGACUUUCUUCGGAGUUAAUGUUGCUCCACAUUACAGCUCACUCACUACACAGACAAAAAUGUUAAUAUGCAAUUUACAUCCUAUCUGCCGCGAACCUUAGUUUUUCCCUCACAGACUGUUGUGUUAUCGCCAUAGCUGUUUUUUCUGUUGAUACGAAUGACAUAACCCUCCCUCGUUGUGGCAGGUCAACACAGUGUUUAUGACUGACAUAAGACUUGCACCGUUUUAAGCAUGGGCUUCGGCGUUUGAGAGUUCGCCGGCUGUAGCAGAACGAUUUCUGUUGAAUCACUGCUAUGUCGAGAGCUUUUACGACGGAUGUUAUGUCGUUUUUAUGACAUUUGUGAUUAGGACUCGUGACAGGCACUGUAAUUAUGAUGUUUUGUGCAGGACCGGCUCUGCUGGAAAUCAUGGCAAAACUCUCUUCCAACAUUAAAUUCUCCACAGCAGCUUCGAACACUGUUCAUGACAGCAUUAAGUAAUGACACAGUAUCAUGCUAGAAUUAUAUUGCAGCAAUGUAGGUGUAUGUCAUCAUAUUUCUCCUCCAUUUACUCUGAGCUAAGGUUUGAUAUGCACUUUCUUGUACGCAUUAGCGGUCGAUUGUUGUCGUGCAGAUGCAGUUAAGGAUGCAGACGGACAAGCAUUUGAAAUACAGAGCUUAUUGAACAGAUUGUGUUUAAAGUCUGUUAAGAUAGAUGCCAGACACAGCUUUCUACUUCAGUAAAUUCAUAAUAUCUUUAUUAUAAAUUUAAUGCUCAUAAGCUUUUCACUGUAGAUCAGCUGCAGGUUUUACUUCCAAAUGCUCCUGGAUUUUAUGUUUCACAAUUAUUGAAAGGAAAUGCUAAUACUGGCUAGUCACUGGGAUAUCUAGUGUUGGUCUUUAUUACAGUUUGUAUUGUACAGAAAUCCUAUUUCACACCCACGCAGUUUUAAAUUUGUGCCUCAACUAAUGAAGACUAAAGGCAAAGAAAAUCAUCUUUAUAGAUCCUGACGUGGUGUGACAUGGUGUUGGUAUUCUCCCCUAACCCCAUGGCAAUAUACUGCCUAAUAAAAAUCUUUGCCUACCUUUUAAUCAAUACUAUAUGCAUUUUUCAUGGUUUUUCUAUUUAUAAUUAACUUGAGUUAUGCUGCAACGAAACUAUAUUCAGGUUAAGUCUGAAAUAGGUGUUUGUUUUUCACACAACUGUUUGUGCAGUGUGUGACAAAAUUUUCCAUGCUUGGCUAAGAUUUGCUAGACACUUUGAUGCUUGAUUUUAUCUGCUGUAUUUGCACCCUAUUUUUACUAUAGAAGAGUUUUUAGAUGAAAAGUUGAUAUAUGGAUACUUAACAAUAUGUCAGUUGUGUCCUUUCAUCAUUAUCUUAAUCAUUACCAGUGUGUGUUGUGUUUACGCAUAUUUUACCAACACUUUGUGUUUUUAUUGUACUCACUGUUUUCUAGUACUCACUUUGAUAUUUGAGUUGUAUUGUUGCAAGAUAAUGGUGCUAAUGAAAGGGAAUGUUACCAGCAUGCUGAGCGGAAGGGAGAGGUGAAAAUCUGCAAAAGAAGCUGAUUUUAAUGUGCAAACAAGCAGCUUCACCAGGAACAGGAUUAUUGCUGAGUAGUCAUGAAAGGAGUAAAUGUCUGUCCAACCUCUUGUUCAUCUUGUGUCAGUAGAUGUUCUGGUGUUGCAGUACAUGUUGAUUCUCCUAAAGUAGAAGUAGGAGCGUUUUGAUGAGCCUGGUAUUCUCUCCCAAAAGACAGCACACUACAUGUUCUCUCCAUAGACUUUGUUUGUGAUCGUAAUCUGACUUUAUGUCUUAGGGAAGUUAUUUUUUGAUGUUCCACUGAGAGCUCCUGUAUGAGCACUUCUCGUCAGGACACGGUCUCCCGUUGCAAUAAAGCUCCAGUGGUUAUGGUUUGUUUUGAAGUUUUGUGCGUGAAGGUUAUGUACACCACCGUGUAUUUUCUUAUCAGUCAUGUAACAGGGUUUGGGUGGGGUUCUGCAUAAUAAAAUGGUUUAUGUAUCCAUCA